UUCAUAGUGCUGCGUACUAAAAACAUCGGACGCUAGGGGAUCAAGACGCAUGCCACAUUGCCUCUAUGUGGGCACUUUAACAGAUCUUUCGGGGUUUUUUUUCCCAGUAAGGGGGCUGUGGAGGGAGGACUUUUUAUUUUCAUUGUCUGAUGACUCUUUGCACGGCUGAUUAUUGAGUUGAUUGUUUGUUAUUUUGGCUGUUGUUGCCUGCCGCCCUGCGCGUUUUUUCCUCCCUUUUUGGAGUCGGCGACCUAUACCGCGCUCACCAAUGUCCUAUCCUCAGGGUUACCUCUACCAGCCCCCGGGCUCUCUGGCUCUCUAUUCGUGUCCGGCUUACGGGGCCUCGGCUCUGGCUGCCCCGCGGAACGAAGACUUGGCGAGGUCGUCAUCGGGCUCAGCCUUCAGCCCUUACCCUGGAUCGGCUGCUUUCUCCGCCUCGGCCGGUGCAGGCUUCUCCAGUCCACUGUCAUACUCCGCGGAUCCAACGACUGGAUUCCCAUCCUACAUGAGCUCUCCAUAUGACGCACACACGACCGGCAUGGCGGGGGCAUUAAGUUACCACCCAUACGGGAGUCCAGGGUAUCCCUACCAACUCAACGACCCGGCUUACCGCAAAAACGCCACCAGGGACGCCACGGCCACCCUGAAGGCCUGGCUGCAGGAGCACAGGAAGAACCCGUACCCGACGAAAGGGGAAAAGAUCAUGCUGGCUAUUAUCACCAAGAUGACCCUGACGCAGGUCUCCACCUGGUUCGCCAACGCCAGGCGGAGGCUCAAGAAGGAGAACAAGAUGACCUGGGCGCCCAGGAAUAAGAGCGAAGACGAGGACGAGGAGGACGGGGACGGGGAGAGGAAGGAGGUGGAGCGCUCUGAAAAAACCCUGGAUAACAGCGAGGCUUCAGCGGAGGAUGAAGGUAUCAGCUUGCACGUCGACACCCUGACGGACCACUCCUGCUCCGCAGAGUCUGACGGGGAGAAGGUCAGCUGUCGUGUGGGGGAGCUGGGCUCUGACCAAGCCGGCGACAAAUGCGACGAGGACGGCGAGGACCAGAACCACGAGCCGCGGGUUCAGCUCUCGCCCAAACCCGUCACAUCGUCGCCCCUAACGGGAGUGGAAGCGCCGGUUCUCAGUCACCACCAACACCAUCAUCACCACCACCUCCAUCAUCUCCACCACCUCCACAGCCAGCGCGAGGAUUUGGCCCGGAGCCUCGUAAACAGCCACAAUAUUAGCACCAGUAAAUCGUCCUCAUGCCUUGAUAGCAGACCUUCUUCCGGGGCGCCCCAGAACCCUACAGUCAAGCCCAAACUGUGGUCGCUGGCGGAGAUUGCUACCUCGGACGAAAAGCAGCAACAUCAGCAACAGCAACUGGCGCAGCCCGGGCAACCAAAUUGCCCCUCCUCCAGCGGUGGCCUCCUCACUCCACCCACGCCCUCCACCACCUCCCCGGCUGCCAGUUCCCCCUCCCUCUACCCGGCCCCCUCCAUCCUUGGAAGACCUAUUUAUUACACUUCUCCCUUUUAUAGCAAUUACACAAACUAUGGCAACUUCAGCCCCCUGCAGGGCCAAGGGAUCCUGCGGUACACGAAUUCAUCUGGAGUGAGUCUGGCUGCUGCCGCCGCCGCCGCCGCCGCCGCCGCUGCUGCAAACGAGGGUCUCAGCUCCUCUCACCAGGCUCUGGAGGCGGGCGCAAACCCCAAACACAGGCCAGACUCUCCCCUCGUUAAAAAUAAUCCAAACCAGCUUGUUGUUGUCGAGCAGCAGCAGCAGCAGCAGCAGCAGCAGCAGCAACAACAGCAGCAUUUCAGAGCCGCAAAUUUAGAAGCAAAGAAAGGUACGUAAUAACAUGAUGUGGUACACUGUCACCAAAAUGGUAACCAUUUUGAAAACGUAUUUAAUCUAGUGUUGAAUCUUGAGAUUGUAUUUUUUCUUAUACACCGGGGGGAAAAAUCUCUUCAUAGUGGAAAUAAAACGAGUUCACUUGUUUCCAAUGCAAAUCAACUGGUUUUUCUUUGUGUCACUUUCAUGUCAUUGUCGUGACACCAUGGGAUGAUUGGGCUGUUUUUGUUUUGUCCCAAGAGAAUUAAGACUCUUCCAAGCAAUGUUGCAUGAGAAACAAGUGGCACCAUCUGACACUAUUUGCAGAUUUUUACUUGCUUUAAGAUAAAUACGAUUUUACGACUAAAUAUGAGACUAAAUGAAUUAUUAAGAUGGACAUUUUUACAUUGACGUCUAAGCAAAUGAACGUGUACUAUGGCCUAUAAUUCGUUUUCAGUUUAUUUAAUUUUCUGGAAUAAUCAGUUUAUAAUUCCUCUCCAUUUUAUUUAUUUAUUUUUUUUUCACUAUAUGCAUAUUUUGGUCCUUCUGAAUGGCAUAGAAUCAUUAAGUAUGAGGCCACGGGAUUUUCAGUUGCAACAAGCUCGCAUUAGCCACCGGUAGAGAUAUAAUGAGAAAAGCCCAUUGCAAACAAAUGUGCAAGAGGACACCCACAGAAGUAGACAUUAAAAUAAGCCCAUGAAGGACAGGCCUCAAAUCAGCCUGAGCACGCGCAGCAGACACGCGCGCGCGCGCACGCACACAGUGGCAGCCUGUGAAUCCAGUGAGCAAAGAAAUGUUGCCAUAGCUUUGAGCAAGAAUCCUAUUUUUAAUGUUUCCUCUGAUGAGUGUGAGUGUGCGCGUGUGCGUGUGUGUGUGUGUGUGUGUGUGUGUGCGGCCCCAAACCUUAUCUUUCAGCUUAGGCUAAUUAUAAUUACACUGGGUCAGCCAAAAGCAAACAAAUCAGUUAGCUUGCCCUGUGCAUUCAUCGUGCAACUUUACAUCUUCAAAUGUCACUUCGGCGAUCGUGGGGGUUGCUUCGCUUGCGCACAUGCAAAGCUUUGCCUGCACGCAGCUCGAUCAGACGUUUUUCUUUUCUUUUUUUUUUAACCGGCAAUUAGGGCAGUGGGGAGUUUUUAGAAGCCCCUUGCUGCCCAGAGCUGUGCUGGUUCGAGCCAGCCUGGCAAAACUUCUUGUUUUCAGAGGAGGGGGCAUCGUUUGACCGUGUGGGAUUUUCUUUAUUUCCCCGGUCUGCAGGUAGGUGUCACAAUUGCUUUGACUAUGGAGCGAGGAAUGACACCACCUUUUAGCCUCACGUUUUAACCCCCAUAACCUCUGCUCCGAACCGGAUCUAGUGCCACCGUAUAGUCGGGACGAACGCUGCUACCGCCUCCUCAGCUCCACACUCGACAGCACACACGUUUGUCAGAGUAUUAUUGUAUUAUUUUCAGCUGUUUUGUUUUAUUGCAUUGCGGAUAAUAAUUUCAUAUGCUGGUUUGAAAAAAAAGAAAAGAUCUCCCAUUAUAUGUGAUUUACAUUGUUAUUUCUCAGGUUCCUAAUAGUUUGCUUAUUUGCCACGGUGUAUUAUUUUAGUAUAUAUUAACGUGUGGAAAACAUAAUUUGGCCUUUCUGUGAAACGUAUUUGUAAAAGGAGGUGUCUCGGGACGCAGGGCGGACGAAACUGAGGUGAACUUGAGGACUUCAAAGUGGAAUAGCCUACAUUUGAUAUUUAUUUUUUUAAAUGAUGGCGAAAUGAUGCCUAUAAUUUAUGCAAGUUGUAUUGCAAAAAUGGGAAACUGAAAUCGUCUGUUUGUUUUGUAAAUAUAUAUAUUAUGGACGGUUUUUAUUUGAGAAGCAUUUGGGAAAAAGCUACACAAUCUUGUUAUCAGAAGUACUUUUACUAAUUUAUAUCUUUGAAUGUAAAUAAAAUGAAACGCGCUGGUAUAGAUAUACCGGCGGGGUAUGAUAUCCAUUAUUCA